UUGGCAUUUUCCAUUCUCUCUUGGAACAUUGACAAGAUGUUAUUUGAUCCGCAUGUGAUCCAAGUUGGCAACAACCGCGCUUAGUGCAGCAUUGCUAGUAUUGCAACACGUUGUACAAGAGCUGUUCUAUCGCGUGUGAUUGCACAGUGAGAUAUAAGGAUCGAUAGAACAUGGAGAAACCUAUAGUUCGAGCGAGAGUGGUAAAGGUCCUUGGCAGGACGGGAUCUCAAGGACAAUGUACACAGGUCAAAGUGGAAUUCUUGAAUGAACAAAAUAGGCAACUCAUCAGAAACGUCAAAGGUCCCGUGCGAGAAGGAGAUAUUCUGACGCUUCUGGAAUCCGAGCGAGAAGCAAGAAGACUUCGUUAAACCGAAAGGAAUAAUUAUCACAUGCCUUACGUAAAGAACUGGUGGAAUU